AUGGAGCCCUUAUAUGAAGAAUACCUAGCAAAUCGUGGAACAAUAGUAAAACCUUACUACUGGCUAAGCUUCUCUCUAGAUUGCUCGAACUGUCCUUACCAUAUUCGGACAGGUGAAGAAGCAAGAGUUCCCUAUACAGAAUUUUAUCAGAUUUUUGGAUUCCCUUAUGGGCCAGCGUAUCCUCAAACAAAGCACCUCACAUUUUAUGAACUAAAAACUUCUUCUGGAAGCCUGGUGCAAAAGGGCCAUGCUAGCAGUUGCACUGGGAAUAAUACCCACCCAGAAUCAAUGCUAUUCGAGAUGAAUGGUUAUUUUGACUCAGCCCUACACAAUAACAACGCUAUCAGGCAUAUCAUUCUGUAUUCCAACAACUCCCCUUGUAAUGAAGCCAACCACUGCUGCAUCAGCAAAAUGUACAAUUUCUUAAUAAUGUAUCCAGACGUUACUCUCAGCAUUUACUUUUCUCAGCUCUAUCAUACUGAGACCGAAUUUCCUGCCUCGGCGUGGAACCGGGAGGCUCUCCGGAGCCUGGCCAGUUUAUGGCCACAGGUCACUCUGAGCCCAAUAAGUGGCGGAAUUUGGCAUUUUCUCCUCAACAGCUUUGUGAGCGGUGUCUCGGGAUCAACUGUUUUCCAGCCCAUCUUAACUGGGAGAGCACUGGCUGAUAGGCAGAACGCAUAUGAGAUCAAAGCCAUAACGGGGGUGAAACCUUACUUUACCGAUGUUCUUCCCCAGACCAAAGAGAAUCAGAACAUAAAAGCUCAGGCAGCUUUAGAGAGCUACCCCUUAAACAAGGUCUUUCCUGGACAGUCUUUGCAAGUGACAAGGGGACGACCGCAACCCAAUCUGACCCCAGACCUCAGGGUUCCUGUCAUUUUUGUGCUGGUGCCUUUCAGAGACCUACCACCAAUCCACGUGGGUCAAAAUCCACAUAAACCCAGGAAUAUCGUGAGGCACUUAAAUAUGCCUCAAAUGUCAUUCCAGGAAACCAAGGACCUCGGAAGGCCUCCCAUGGGAAUGCCAGUCGAGAGAAUGGAAAUCACGGAGCAGCUUGCAAGUAGCAAAGAGAUGGAUGAGAAGAAGAAGAGGAAGAAGAAAGGAAAAAAAUAA